GCCAUUGUUAGCAACAAAUUCCCUUUUCUCUUUUCUUUCUCCGUAUUCUUAGAACAAGGAAUAUUAUCAAGAAAAAUCCUUUUGGUUUAUUCUUCUAAUUCUCUUCUUCAUUCCACCUUUUAAUUUCCUUUUUCAACAUGGGUGUUUUGAAGAAACAAGGAGGCAAAGAAUCAGAAGGCAAAAAAUGGUUGAUUGCUGGAAUCCCAGUACGGGCUCCUUUGAAAUCGAUAUCUACAAAGCCUAAAGAAGGAUGUGAAGAUUAUGACGAGUGUUGUACGACUCCGCCGACAGGAGAAUUGAAGAUACCGGAAAUAUUUACUUGCCCGGCGGCCCCAAGGAAGCGCCGGCCAAGUUUGAAACGUCAUUUUGAUGGCGUUGAGUUCUUCAAUCCGCCGGACUUGGAAUCUGUCUUUAUUCUCCAUGCUGAGAGAACGAAAUGAAUUUAGAAUGAAUAUUAGAUUAAGGGAUUCUCUUUUUUCUUUUUAGAAAUUUAGAGAGUUUGUUAGUUUCAAAUGAUUUGUAGGUUAGAAUCUGAAGUGUGCAAAUACUUUGUUCAUUGCUUAAUUGUGGUUUGGGUUUUGAAUCCUGUUGAAGUUUGCAACUUUGUUUUUUACUUGUUUUGUACAUCAUGCUCCGGUAAGGAAGAAAAUUAACUUCGAUAAA